UGCUGCUUCAUCCUUGGGAUAUAUUUUCAUUAACAGACUUGGUUGGCAUUCACAACUCACAAAGAUGGCCAGUAGCAACUCUACUGGCCCCUACCAGGAGGAGAGCCCUCUCAGUUUGUUAUUUGUCAAAGUUAUAAGAGCCCGGAAUAUCCCAUGGGCAGACUGGAUGAGCAAUGCAGAUUGUUAUGUGUCACUUUGGCUUCCCUCAUCAACAAACAAGUUGCUGAAAACAGCUACUGCAGCAGAUACAAGCAACCCAGUCUGGAACGAAACUUUUCAGUUCAAGAUCUCUGCUAACAUAAAGAAUGUGUUGGAGGUGACCCUUUACGAUGAAGACACCGUGUCUAAAAAUGAUCUGCUCUAUAAAAUGCUCUUCGAUGUGUCAAAAAUAACACCUGGGGAGACCAUGAAGCACAGUUUUCUACUCAACCCACCAGGAAAAGAGACACUUGACGUUGAGUUUAGUAUGAAGAAAAUGCCUGCGCACCCAGAGACAAUUAAGACAAACGGAGUGCUUGUGGCUAGAGAGGUGUGCUGCUUGGAUGUUUCUGUGGACAAGCAGAAGAUACCAGAGAAUUUGCAAGGAGAAGAACUUUUGUUACAGGUGGAAAACUCUUGUGAAAAAUUGUAUAAAAUGGGCCUGAAUCCAACAGCUGGUCCAAAUCACACCGAGACCUGCUCUUUCCACAGCAUUAAAAGAUAUGAUUCACAGCUGAGUGCCCACUUACAGGGAGCAAACCCCGAAGAUGUUGAAUCACAAGUAAAUGUGCCUCUCAAUUCACUUACUGAAGGAAAGGAAGAGACUGUUCGUCUUCAUGCGAAGCCUGCAUCUAUUAAUGAAAAGGUCCCAAGUUGCUGGACAGGAUUGAGUAGAAGAGUUGGAAGAAGCCUCUUUGGGCACAAGGACUCACACUUGGAAAUGAAGGUUAAAGCACAAAACUGUAAAGAGAAGUUUGAUGUUCGCAUGGGGUUUGAUCUCUGUGAUGAUGAGAAAGAUUUCCUUCGAAAAAGAAAGAAAGUAGCUGCUGCUGCAUUAAAGAGUGCUUUGAAGCUGGACAGGGACUUGGAGGAGGAUGAGGUUCCUAUAAUUGCGGUUACAACAACUGGAGGUGGCGCACGAGCAAUGACUGCCCUUUAUGGAACCCUGUCUGGUCUGAAGAAGCUCAAUCUUUUAGACUGUGUGUUUUAUAUCACUGGUGCUUCUGGUUCUACAUGGGGAAUAUCAAAUUUAUAUGAAGAUGCCGAAUGGUCACAGAAGGACCUGGACGUGCCAAUUGAAAAUGCACGAAGAAACGUUUGCAAAGACAAAAAAUCAUCUUUCUCCUUGGAAAAAAUACUCAAAUAUCGGGAAGAAAUGAAAAAAAGAGCGGAGAUGGGAUACAAAACGUCUUUUACUGAUAUUUGGGGUCUAGUGAUAGAAUCCAUGUUCCACAAUGGGGAUGGAAAAACCACUCUUUCUAAUCAGCGGAAAGCAGUUGAACGUGGACAGAAUCCCCUGCCACUCUGCCUGGCAAUGAAUGUCAAACACAUUGAAAACACCACUCUGGAUUUUAAAGAGUGGUGUGAGUUCUCUCCUUAUGAAGUUGGUCUUCUAAAAUAUGGCGCUUACAUUCGAUCUGAGGACUUUGCAAGCAGCUUCUACAUGGGGCGACUUAUAAAGAAACUUCCAGAGUCCAGGAUCUGUUUUCUCCAAGGGUUGUGGAGUAAUAUCUUUUCUAUAAAUCUGAUGGACGCCUGGUUUGCUGCAGUGAGUUCUGAUAAUUUCUGGCACCGAUUUACCAGGGACAACAUUCAAGAUCUUGAUGGAGAAGAAGCUUUACGAAGAAAAUCAGCUUCCCCCAGUUUGGGCACCCUUCUUAUUCAGCCAGCUGGGUACAUUGGCAGUACCAUUAGGGAUAUUCUAACUAGCCGACCCAUCGAUGGGGAGCACCACAACUUUCUAAAAGGUCUUCAGAUCCAUAAAGAUUUUCACUCCCAUAAGAGUUUCUGCUGUUUUAAAGAUACAGAACUGGAUAAGUUUCCUAACAAGCUGACGCCAUACUCUGAUGACCUUUGCUUGGUAGACAGUGCCUAUUACAUUAAUGCCAGCUUCCCACCCUUACUACGUGAAGAGCGCAAAGUGGAUGUUAUCCUCUCAUUCGAUUAUGGCCUUGCGGAAAGAUUCAAGUCAGUGGAACAGACACAUGAAUACUGCUGCAAUCAAAAGAUUGCUUUCCCCAAAGUAAAUUUGACUGAUAAUGACCGAGAGAAGCCAAAGGAAUGCCACGUGUUCACCAAAUCAGAGGAUUUAGAGGCACCCAUUCUUCUUCACUUUCCACUUGUAAAUGAUACCUUCAGGACGCACAAGGCACCAGGGGUGAAGCGCAGUCCUGAGGAAAUGGAGGGAGGGGCUGUUGAAAUCGAAGGCAGGUCACCUUACAGCCUCCUAAAACUGACGUACAGCAAAGAAAACUUUGACAAGCUCCUGAAUCUGACUGAAUACAAUGUGAUGAACAAUGAAGAAGCCAUCUUGCAGGCCCUGCGUGAUGCCAUUGCACAAAAACAGAAGAGCAGGGGAAACAGUGGGACAAACACAAACCCCUAGGCUGGAAUAUGCCCCACAGCAGAUACUGCAAGCCCAUGCACAGCUUAUAUGCACUGCCCGUCGGCUCUCUUAGGCAAGACGCCAAAGCCUUAUGGGAGUUGACUUGACUUGACACUUGUUUUAUCAACUGAUAGGUAAUAAUAUAGAGUAUUUCUAAUUAUGUGCUCAUCUUUAUUUCAUCUCAAUGGCCAUGUGCCUUGUUUGUUUUCCAACCUCAACCAUUUAGUUACUUUGUUAGAGACUUGAACAGAACAUUUUUCCAUCUCAGAGGCAAAUGCUGUCAAAACAGAAUUAUUUUUAACCCUCCAAUAAAUGUAGCCUUUAUAUUUUA